AUGUUAAGAAUUAGAUCACUUCUAAAUAAUAAGCGUGCCUUUUCAUCUACCGUCAGGACAUUGACCAUAAACAAGUCACAUGAUGUAGUCAUCAUCGGUGGUGGUCCUGCUGGUUAUGUGGCAGCCAUCAAAGCUGCUCAAUUGGGAUUCAACACUGCAUGCGUAGAAAAGAGAGGCAAACUGGGUGGUACCUGUCUUAACGUUGGAUGUAUUCCCUCUAAGGCCCUUCUAAAUAAUUCUCAUUUAUACCAUCAAAUGCAUACAGAAGCACAAAAAAGAGGUAUUGAUGUCACUGGUGAUGUUAAGAUAAACGUGGCAAACUUCCAGAAGGCUAAGGAUGACGCUGUUAAGCAACUAACUGGAGGUAUUGAACUUCUAUUCAAGAAGAAUAAAGUUACCUAUUAUAAAGGUAAUGGUUCGUUUGAAGAUGAAACCAAGAUCAAAGUUAGCCCCGUGGAAGGACUAGAAGGGACUGUUAAAGAAGACCACAUAUUAGAUGUUAAAAACAUCAUAGUUGCCACAGGCUCUGAAGUCACACCUUUUCCCGGUAUUGAAAUAGAUGAAGAGAAGAUUGUGUCUUCAACAGGUGCUCUUUCAUUGAAGGAAGUUCCAAAAAGAUUAACUAUCAUUGGUGGAGGUAUCAUUGGAUUGGAAAUGGGUUCAGUUUACUCUAGAUUAGGCUCUAAGGUCACUGUGGUGGAAUUCCAACCCCAAAUUGGUGCCUCUAUGGAUGGAGAAGUCGCUAAGGCCACUCAGAAGUUCUUGAAAAAACAAGGCUUAGAUUUCAAGUUAAGCACUAAAGUCAUUUCUGCCAAGAGAAACGACGACAAGAACGUGGUUGAAAUUGUUGUAGAAGAUACUAAGACAAACAAAGAAGAGAAUCUGGAAGCCGAAGUUUUGUUAGUUGCCGUUGGUAGAAGACCUUACAUAGCUGGUUUGGGUGCUGAGAAGAUUGGUUUAGAAGUAGACAAAAGAGGUCGUUUAGUUAUUGACGACCAAUUCAAUUCCAAGUUCCCACACAUUAAAGUGGUAGGAGAUGUUACAUUUGGUCCAAUGUUAGCCCACAAAGCCGAAGAAGAGGGUAUUGCAGCAGUGGAAAUGUUGAAGACUGGUCAUGGCCAUGUUAAUUAUAAUAAUAUACCUUCGGUGAUGUAUUCUCACCCAGAAGUAGCAUGGGUUGGCAAGACCGAGGAGCAAUUAAAAGAAGCUGGAAUUGACUAUAAAAUUGGUAAGUUCCCCUUCGCUGCUAAUUCAAGAGCUAAGACCAAUCAAGAUACCGAAGGGUUUGUGAAGAUUUUGAUCGAUGCCAAGACUGAGCGUAUUUUGGGAGCCCAUAUAAUUGGUCCAAAUGCUGGUGAAAUGAUUGCCGAGGCUGGCUUAGCCCUAGAGUACGGUGCAUCCGCUGAAGAUGUUGCUAGAGUUUGCCAUGCUCAUCCUACUUUAUCUGAGGCAUUUAAGGAAGCUAACAUGGCCGCCUAUGAUAAAGCUAUUCAUUGUUGA